AUGAUGUCGUUGUCCUCGGAGGACCGCAAGACUAUCCAGGAGUUCCUGAACACGGCAGAGCAAGGCAAGCUGGUGCAGAGCAUCGAGGCUUUGCAUGAUUUUCUAUGUAGUCGGCACCUUGCGUGGCGACAGCAGAUGACUUCAGAGUACGUAGGCGUCUCUGAAUACAACAGGGACGGGAUUGGCCUGUCGGCCUCUCACGUGCAAGAGCUUGCGAGCAACAUCGCCAGCAUCGGAUUCUCCAAGGCCGAGGUGAAAGCUGUCUGCGUUGAGGUGCCGCCAGGCCCGAAGGGAGACCACACCCGCGCAUUCAACAAACAGCUCGUGGAAGGGGCGGCCGGGAAACUCGCGCCCGUGACGGGGGUGCGCUACGCGUCCAUCGUGGGCUCCCACGCCAGUCAAGCCGCCAGAGCCUUCCUGCACAAGGUCCAGCAUCCGGAUCCCAAACUGACCAUCGAGGGCAGGCUGUCCUUAGAGAGACUUCAAACCGUGGACCCAGACUGGGCGAACGCGAUCACACAUGGCGUCACUUGGUUGAUCGUUUCCCACAUGAUUCCAGAGGAGUUCCCCAAGUACGCUUCACUGGCACAGGCCGCGGGCAACGCGGCGGGACAGAUUGCCAGCAAGGAAACGGAAAUCCAGCUGGCAAAAAAGCUGAACACGGCUGUCGCCGCGUUCCUGGCCGCGGGCCACAAGACCGUUUCUUACGCGGAUGUCUCAGCUGAGAUUCUCCGCUCCAGGCCGCCUAACAGCUCGUCGCUUCCCAGCAUGUUCAGCUUUGUGGUCAAGUGCGGCGGCGGUGCAGCCGACCACGCUUUCCUGCACAGGACCGAGCGCUUCGUCCGGUCCCACGGUGCUGCGUCGCGAGCUCUAGGCGGCGACUUCUGGCACGCGCUCAGCGCCGACAUCAAAGGCCCCGAGCAGUGCGUGCUCUUCAGACACAUGCUGCUCAAGCUUGCGCUGUGCGGCCCAGAGAAGGCCGUCAGCAUCAGCGACGCCAAACGGGCGUUCACCAGCAAGGACCUGCUGCCGAAGAUCUGCAGGGCAGAGGGAGUGUGGAAGGAGGUGCGGGAGCUUCUGCUCCUCCAUGUGGAUGCUGACGCUGCAGAAAAGGACUUGUGCGACCUGGAGAUGCAGCUUGCAGCCAUUGUGCUUCAGAAGAAGAAGGUGGCAACGUCCGAGUCGCUGGAAGAAGCUUGCGAGAAGUGUUUGUCCAAGCACGGCGUCGAUCCGCCCUGGCGUAAGACCGAAGCCCCCACCCCUGCAGUCCCCGGCUCCUCGAGUGCCUCCCCUGCCGGAUCGUUACACAUAUAUUCUAACUCCACCAUUGACGCUACACGUGUUGCCGGAUACAUGUGCAGGAGUCUUCGUGUCUUCGACAAGGAGGGUAGGCUGCUGAGCAACUCCCUGGUGGUCGACGCGGGCUUCUCUGUCGGCAUGCAAGUUGUCAGAAAGGCGGACGAAGUUUCGGGAACCAUCGUUGACAUAUCAGCUGACAAGGUCAAGCUGAGAUUGGCGGGCGGCAAGCUUCGGGAGGCCAGCUCGGAGGCAUUCGUGCAAGGCAAGUGGAAGAAGUACAACCCCAAAACCGAGCCAGUGAAGUUGAAUUGGUGGCCAUGCAGCCCGCUGUCGAGUCAGGAUUUCGUGCACGCCGCAGUGAAGGGCUAUUUGCUGUCCUUCCUGCACGAGCAGUUCGAGGAGCUCAUGAAGGCAACCCGGAAACAGGUGGAAGUCUAUGUGAAGCCAGGCAAGGAUGUGAAGGUGACAAGCCAGUUCGGGGUUGGAGCCUUGAAGCUCUCGGUGGCCACGAACCGAGUGGACUUCAGGCUUGAAGGAGAGAGCCUCCUGCAGGGGGCCAUUCGAGUGGGGCUCACGAAGGGAGUUGGCCCCAACAUGAAGCAGCAGUUCGUGGUCUCCAUCUUGCCGGCCUUCAACGCGCAGAACUUCGCCAAUCCGGCUUGGGCCAUGAAGUGCAGCGCCGAUCGUGAGGAGGCCAACAUGGAGCUGCGCGGGCCCAACAACGGGUGGGACAAGCAGAGGCUUGGCUGCUCCACUGCAUCCAUUGCCCUGCCUGUUUUUGAAAACUACAAGGCCUUGGAAGCAGGAGAGAGCCUAAUUUACUUCAGCCCUCACACCCGAGCUUCCCAUGAUGUGGAAACUCUGACGCCUGUGUCUAAGAAGGCUCGUGAGCAGAGUGAGCUGGAGGCGGAGGAGGAGAAGCCGAUAAAAAUUUUCACGGCAAUCUGCGUGUCAGGCGGCGGGCUGCGGAGUGUGUGGCAACCGGCGGUGCAGAGCAUUGCCGGCUGCAACUACGUGAAGCUUUCCAAAUGGGAUCGGGACCUGACGCUUUUCGUCACCAAGAAGGCGCUGAACAUGCAUGCCGGCGGGGGGAAGGAGUUGAAUUCCCUGAACCGCCGAUGGUGGCAUGAGACCUCGGAACUGCGCCGGACAGCUUGUCAGGAGGCCCUGCGCAGAGUGAUAGUGCAGGCAGCAGAAGCGGAAGGCACGCCUGUGCCGAGCAAGAUCCGCCCAGCGUGCCAGCAAGACGAGUUCAUCGCUGGCAGGUCUGUGCUGCUGGACGUACCCGAGGUCCUCCAGGACGGCGUGCAAGUGGCCGAAGCACAGCAGCUUCGCGUGCUUUGGGGAGUCAAAGGCCUGGACAUUUGGAUGGAGUUGUCCGAAGCCAACCUCGUCUACAUCCGCCGAGCGCUCUUGGCGUCCCCUCCGUGGGAGCAGCCCGUGAGCAAGCGCCGGGCCAAAGCAGCUGCGAGCCCGAAGCGGCGCCGCAAGCGAGGCCGAAAGGCCAAGGGCGUCAACCUGCAGGAGGAGGAGGAGGAUGCGGAUGCAUCCCGGCCGCUGCCUGAGCCUGCAGAGGAGACCCCAGAAGACCCGAAUAGCUUCCUGUUGCAGGGCACAAGGAAAUCCCAAAUUGGCUGUGGGGAUGACGUCCAGGGCCUCGAUUGUGCCUUUGCUUUGCUGUCGUUUCUUGAGCCACGAUUCCUGAUCCGGCCACUGGCGACUCAGGGUGCCAUGUUGAGCGGGCAGUACGAAUGGACACUGGCACCGCACGCCGCAGGUGACGGAGUGUCCCUCGUGCCGCGGGAAUGGGAGCCUACGGACUCCACAACGGAGCUGCUUAUGAACCUCGGUGAGGACAGUAUUAUUCACUGUCGGGGCCAGGAAUACAGGCUGCAGUCGGAGGACUGCAGGGGCAUGCGCCUGUACGCGCGGCACUUGCCAAUUCCAGUUCCAGGGGCGCCCGAGCUUGCCCUGCUGCUGCGGCCAGUGCGGCGCCGAAGUGUGGUCCUUACCGUGCACGCGGAGUACAGGCCACAGAACGCCUCCGUGAGGUUCCAGGCUUUCUGGAUGAGUGGCCAAAAGGCUGCCGUGGUUGACUUCAGGAAGGAGGAGAACAUAUCGGCUUACGCCCUACAACGUCGCCUGGAAGAUGCUGUGCGCUGCCCUGAGGAUGCGUCCGUUCGCAUGCUGACUACAAGCGGCCCGUCCCAGCGUGAGGUGACCCUCUGGGACGGCGUACUAUGGUUCGACGAGCGUCCUCCCUUUUAUAAUCCGCACAUCCGGCAAGAGUCCGAAGACAUGGCGCCGGCCAUUGUCGCCCCAGCCAUGCGUGCUGCCGAGCUGCAGGGCAACGUCCGGAAGCUGGCGACAUUCCUUGAGUCCCAACGAGACGGCCUCGAGGAGACGGAGUGGCAGAACCUCCUGAAGACGCACGCGGACAGUGUGGAGAACCAGCUGCAGGCUUUGAAGGUCUUGGACGCCGAGGAAGCGACGGAGCUGUGCUCCAGCAUUCAGGGAACACCCUUCCUGCCCGAGACAAAGAAACGUCUGAAGAAAAUUGUUUCUGAUACCCUGCUGAAGAUCCAGAACGCGCCCAAAACCCCCAUGGAGAAGAUGCAAACGGUGAGCUUCUUCGGCGGCUACUUGACGCAAAAAGACAGAGAAGUUUUGGGCGACCCGAGUGAAAGCAACGCUCGCAAGUUGGACAUCCUGACCAGUCGCUGCCUUACAGUGGGAUUGCACUACCCGACCGAGCAGUCCUACGGCAACGUCCUGGCGUGCGCUGUCGUCGCCGGCUUGGCGACGACGUCCCCCCAGCAUUUCUACGACCACUUACAGGAGUUCAAGAAGUCGCUGAAGAGAAGGCGAGCGGGCUCCAGCCUGACCAGGUACGUCAAGCAGUGGCCCGAGGAUCCGAAGAGGCUGCCAGAGGAUCUUCGCCAGGCCGCCACAGCCGAACCCCUUGCCCCUGUCAGUGAGACAGACGUGACCCAGGUGCUCAAUUGCAUCGGCGACCUCAGGUCCAGCUCAAAGCGGGUUGCUCCGAAGGAGACGAAGAUGCUGCAGUUGGCCCCUUCCUCUUCGUCCAGGGCGCGGCCUGACAUGGAGGCGAUGAUGAACAUGAUGCAAAUGAUGUGGCAGCGUGCACAGGGAAGCGCGCGUUCCUCGGAGGAGCUGCCUUUGCAGUUCAAUACGAAGAUGAUCUCGACGACAGGGCUGGUGAACCUGAGGAACCACUACUUGGAGUUGCUGAACCUGAGGAACCUCCUGCUGAACCUCACGAAGCUGCUCCCAAGAAGACAUCGCCGGCUGCUGCAAAGGUUGCAAAGGCACCUCUCCUGGCACUUCCCAACAUCUCUGCGGCUGAGCAGCUACAGAAAGCCUUCCAUGAAGCGGCCGGCUGCUGGUGGCUGGCACGUGGAGACCCGCACGCGCGACAGCGGCCAGGUUGACAAACAUUACUGGUCCCCCAGCGGUGAGUGCUUCAGGCUGCAGCAUGAAGCACGGGCUGCCGGCUACACUGACUGCUGCCCGCGCACCCGUGUCUUCCCGUGGCGACGGGAAUUCGUGGCCAGGGGCAUCGACCCCACGCAGGGCCUUGAUGUGCUCGCACCGAAUGUCGGCAGGGGUUUGCUCGCCGGCAUGUUGGAUCUUGCGAAGUUGGGGCGCAAGAAAUUCGUGUCCCAAAGUGCACUGGCGGAUAUUUUGAGAGCUGUUCGUGAUGCAGACAGCUUGCCCGCUGGGAUUUCCAGAAGUUCAGUGAAGCGCAAACGUGAAGAGGCUGUCGAUGUGGAGACACCCUUCGGCCCCGUCCAAAGGACGUGGCAGCUUCAGGGCGUUAACGGCAAGGCAGUAGAAGUUCACUACUUGCACCCGGCAGCUAUGGUGUGGUACUGCCACCGCUCCUGCAACAAGUUUAGGAGUUUCCUGGACCGGCGCUUGCGUGAGCAUCCAUCCAGCAUCCAUUCCAAAUGGGGCCUUUUGUUUUAUAGCGAUGAGAUCACGCCUGGAAAUGCAUUAAAACCGAGCAACAGUCGGAAACUCCAAGCAAUCUAUUACAGCUUCCGUGAGUUCGGUCCGGACGCACUGGGUCACGAACACGCCUGGUUUCUGUUGCGCGCUACCAGGACAAAGACCGUGCGGCAGCUCCGUGAUGGGAUGAGCCAGCUUUGCCGUGCUGCCAUCGAAAGUUUCUUUCAGACGCCGGGCAAUUUCGCGCAUGGGCUGCAAAUGGAGGGGCACUUUCUCUGUGCCAACAUCAGCAUGGUUGUCAGUGACGAGAGUGCGCUGAAAAUGAUGUUCGCCAACAAAGGUGCAAGCGGUAAGCUUCUGUGCAUGCUCUGCAGGAACGUGGUGCGGACGCGGUACGCACCGAAUCCCCUCACGGCGCCGCUGGUGCUGCACACGUGCCUGCGUGAGGAUCGCUUCCUGCAGCACGACUUGCACUCCCUGAAGGACGUGGUCCAGCAUCUUGCAGAAAGAAGCACUGUUCUAAACAAAGGUGACAUGGACGAACUGGAGAUCGCGCUAGGCUUCAACCAUGCUCCCUGCGGACCAUUGUCCUCCGAUUGCGUGAUGGAGCACAUGGACCCCACCAAGUGCCUCUGCUAUGACUGGAUGCAUAUCUACUUGGUUGGUGGUUUGUUCCAUCUGGAGGCCAACCUGCUUCUCCAAUCCUUGGCACCAGCAAAGAUCAAGGUCGCGGAUCUGCACGCGUUUUCCAACCAAUUUCAAUGGCCAGCAGUGCACGGGGCCGGGGCCAAGCACGUCUUCCAGGACAAGAAACAGAAGGAUGAUUGGAGGAGUUCUGCGUCAGAUGCGUUGAGCGCCUUCCCUGUCAUGAGGGUCUGGGCUGAGGAGCUUAGGCAACGGCUUGCGUUGCCUGAGCACUGCCAGGAAGCCAUCCGUUGCUUCCUGCUGGCGUGCAACGUGCUUGAUUGGUUGCUCCUGGCAAGCCGAGCGAAUGGCAGCUGCCACACCAAUGCUUUGCGGUCCGCAAUCACCCUUCAUCUGGCAAGUUUUGUGAAAGUACACGGCGACGAGCACUUUCUGCCCAAAGGGCACUUGGCAAUGCACUUGCCGAGCAUGCUUCAGCAGCACGGCUUCCUUGUGGCAUGCUUCGUUCACGAGCGGCGCCACAAAGAGCUUAAGAGAUUCGCAAAUCAUCAAGACUCUGGUCAAGCUGGAAGCGAGAAACAUUUAAUGCGAGAGAUGUUGCUGUGUCAUUGGGAUGACCUGUCAGACGUGGAGUUGGUCAAACCUGUCGGGCUGAUUGAUGGCAGGCCGGCUGCGACGGAUGUGGUGGCCCACGUGACGGCCAGCCUCGGGAUCACUCCUCCUCCACUCAUGCGGUCGUCCAGACGGGCGAAUUAUCUCCCCAACCGCUGGGCCCAAACAGGUGAUGUUGUGGUUUUGGCUCAGCCUGCUGGGGUUGCCGAGGUGGCUUACCACUGCGAAUUUGACCGCUACGUGCUCACUUGCGUCCUUUUCUACGAGAAGACGGACCUGCAGAACUGCUUCCGAGUUCGCAGAGACGAAGUGUCAUUUGUCAAUACCACUGACAUCAAGACAACGUGCAUCUUCAAGAUCCAG